AUGAGCACAAUCUCCACCAUGGAUGAACCAUGGAAGCACCGUUAUGCGCCCCACCUACUACCACCAUCACAUGACAAGAAUCUACCACUCACCACCAUCAUUGGCUUGGCUGCAAUUUUGUCUCUCCCUCCAACAAUUGACAGAAUUGUGGCCCUUAGGUUUAGGGGCUAUAGCAAGGUAGAGGUUUGCUGGGGAAGGGUCGCGGUGAAGAGUUUAAGAGAUAAAGGCUUUGCGAUGGUGGGUGGGCAGAAAAAGGUCAGCGACGCUUUGGAUGAUGAGGGGGUAACGGGUGGGCAUGGGUGCUUUGCGACUUUUGUUUGUAUGUGUAUGAGAGAGAGAGAGAGGGCUAAGCAGAUUUGCAGCGAGUGGGGGCGAAGGGAGACAGUUAGCAGUUUUGUAGGGUUUUGGAUUGUUGAUUGGUUAGUAGCAAACAAUGGGACAAAGGGCGAUAGUGGUGGUUUUGGGUGGUUGAUUGGUUGCAACCAGUGGGAGCGAAUGGUGGUUUUGGGUGAUUGA